ACUGUGGUAGUGUUCAUUCACAACUCAAAAUUGCAUUCUUUCUUAUUAUUAAAAAUAUUUUGCAAUCUCUUUUUACUCAUUCAAAGAGAUUAUGGCUCGUUCCAUUUACUUCAUGGCAUUUCUUGUCUUGGCAAUGACACUCUUUGUUGCCUAUGGGGUUCAAGGUAAGGAAAUUUGCUGUAAAGUGCCCACAACACCUUUUCUAUGUACUAAUGACCCUCAAUGCAAAACACUCUGUUCCAAGGUGAACUAUGAAGAUGGUCAUUGUUUCGACAUCCUAAGUAAGUGCGUAUGCAUGAAUAGAUGUGUUCAAGAUGCUAAAACACUCGCAGCAGAAUUGCUUGAAGAAGAGUUUCUCAAGCAGUGAUUAAAUUUAAUUAUGGAUUUAGUGUCACACAAAAAUAAAAAAAGUGUUGUCUUUCUUAAAAGGGUAACUUAUAAGGUUGUGUUCUUGGCAUAUAGUAGCCAUUUGACACAUUAAAUAAAGUUGUGACACAUCAAUCCUUCAUGUAUCUUGUAUUAAGUUUGUGUGUUUUUUAAUGAAAAGAGAUCGUUUACGGUCUA